GCUGUGGGCACACAGAACAAGGACAGAUACUUUGUAAGGGGACGGAUGUUCUGCGAGGGAAUGGAUACUGUGCUGGGGGAUAGAUGCUGUGACAGGACAAUGCUCUGCCAGCCUGCCCUGCCAUGGAGCUGAAUUCAGGGUCAGCUCUGGCCCAGCUGUGGGAUGAAUGCGGUCCUGCCAUGCUAGGAUGCUGUCAUUUCUGCACAUCAUGACCCCACGUGCAGCCUGGAGAAAACGCCUCGAGCAUCCCCUGGGCAUCCCAGCAUCCCUUUAAGUCGAGAGCCUCCAUCCAGGGAGGGGAAAGGGCACUGACUCACUCACCAUGCCGUGAGUCAGCAGGACUGGGACAGGAACUGCUGCCGGACACUUCUGCCCUAUCAGCCAUGCUCCUCCCUGAACGGAUCCUGCUCCCCUAGGGCAGAAACGGGCUGGGAGAGGAGAGCACGGCCGGAGGGGGCAGCGCUGACAUCGGACAGGGCACAAUUUACCGCUGCCUCCGCGUUUCCGCAGGAUCCACUGGGGAGGAAAAGCAGGACAGUCGUCCCAGCCCCGCUCGGCUGCCGCAGCGGAGCAGCAGCGGGAAGGCGUCCGGAGCCGCCGUCGCAGCUGUGCCGGUGGGGGAAGGCUCCCCGCAGCCCGGGGGCUCCCCCAGCAGGGCCGGGGGUGCGGGCGGGCACCCCACCAUGGCCUUCACCAUGCUGCGCCCCGUGGCCGCCCGCGUGCUCUACCCCGACCUCAGCAUGCUCUCGGAGGACGAGGAGAACCGGAGCGAGAGCGACACGUCGGACCAGUCGUUCGGCUGCUGCGAGGGCGCCGAGGCUCGCCGCAAGCUGCCGCGGAAGCCGGGGCCGAUGGUGAUGGUGAAGCAGAGGCAGGCGGCGAACGCACGGGAGCGGGACCGGACCCAGAGCGUCAACACGGCCUUCACCGCCCUGCGGACCCUCAUCCCCACCGAGCCGGUGGAUCGGAAGCUGUCUAAGAUCGAGACCCUCCGCCUGGCCUCCAGCUACAUCUCCCACCUGGCCAACGUGCUGCUGCUGGGCGAGGGCUGCGAGGACGGGCAGCCCUGUUUCAGUGCCAUCUAUGGCGCCAAGGGCGACCUGGACAGCAAACAGCCCCGCAGCAUCUGCACCUUCUGCCUCAGCAACCAGCGGAAAGGGGGCAGUCGGAGGGACCUCGGGGGGAACUGCCUGAAGGUGCGAGGGGUCACGCCCCUGCGAGUGUCGCGGAGAUGAGCCGGGGUCCGGCAGCACCCACCUGAGACAGCGGCAGAGGCAGACGGAGCCCGCACACGCCAGCCCAGAGACCGCAGCGGGGAGGGAGGGAGCUGCCCGAGGUGGCAGCGGCCAAGCCCAGGCUGGCACCACACCAACACUGGCCCUGGAACCGGCAGUGGGGCGGGAGGACGCUCCUGUGGCUGAGGCUGCCCAGCGGGGCAGGGCCGGGGAGGGGGGUCCCUGCGCCCCGGGGCUGGACUGGAAGGGGCCUGUGUGCGGCCGGCGUCAAGGCGCUCCGGGAGGACAGUGUCAUGGCCCUGGGGAUGCUGGUUGUGCACGUGCAGCCGCUUGGAAAAUAAAGCCUUAUUUUUCUGA